AUGUUUUCAUUCGGCCAGCACGUGCGUGCGCACGUGAACAGCAUCGAGGAGCGUCAAAGGCGAACGCUCUCGGAUGUAUCCAACUCCGCGGGCAACGCGAACAACGAGAGCAGCGGCAGGGCUGCAAGGCAACCACAGCAGCAACAGCAGGGGAAGAAUAACCCAACGCUCGAGACCCAGGAAGCUUUUCUACAGGCGGCGAUGCCUCCGGCGACUCACAUGUCGUACGAAGACUUCGAGCUCAAGCGUCGACAGCAAUAUUUCGAGCUUCAGCGCCGCCAGCAGGAGCUAGAGAGCCUGGUCAAGCUCCUGCAGGAGCAGAACCACCAGCUGCGAAGGGAGAACGACAGGACGCUUGAGAUAGAAGAGCUGCAACGGGAGCAAAGAUCCGAAAGCACGCAGGUAGCUCUGGGCCCCGACAGCACGGAAGUAGCAAGCUUGCGGAGCGAAGUAGCGACCGCGCGCGGUGAAGCUUCCAAGGCUACGGCUUCUGCCGCUACCGCUAGUCGAGCCGCAGCCAGCGCGGAGGCGGCAGCUGCUGAAUGGAGGGCAGAGCUGAACGUGUUGAGAAAACAGCAGGCGGGAUCGACGUCGGAGUGGAAGAGGGAGGCGGCCGUUUUGGAGCAUCGGGUCGCGGCCUGGCGGCGGCACGCGCAGGAGCAAGAGCGGCAGGUCAAGGCUCUGAGAGAGCAGGCGGUGCCGUUUGAGGAUCGCGUCGAGGAGCUGGAGAAGGAGCUGUCAGAAUCACGCCGGGUCUUGAAGCGAUCAGAUUCAGCAGCGUCCAUUUCGACUGCUUUGUCCGCUGUGUCGUCUUCGACGAGCAAUGACGGGGGGGAGGGCGAGGGCGAGAGCGAACACGAGAGCGAGGUAGAGGAGGAUGUCACGGACACGGACAAACACAAGGACAAGCUGGUGGAGACGAUGACCCUGCUCAAAGACGCCGAGAAGGCAAUACGAAUGGCACGGGGCGAGCUUGUCGGCAAGAGCGAGCGCUGCAAGCAACAGGUUGGAGAGGAUGCUGUGUCGUUUUGCGAGGCCAAUAUCACCAACGCAACCGGCGGCUUGGACCACCAGCCCGGCUGCAGCGCCCCCGCUACGGGCGUGGAAUGUGGCAAGGCGAGGCCGCUGGUCAGUGGCCUCGAGGAAGGGGCGGGGGAGGGCAGCGCCAUGGAGGCGAUGGCGACAACCGCAGACAAGUCUGGUGGGGAAGGGGAAGGGGAAGGGCAGGACAUGUCGGCCAAGGUCGCGAAGAUGCAGGCAGAGCUGGAUGGCCUGCACGCGGUGCUAGACAACCUGUCGGCCGAGAGGGCGGCCGCCGCGCUUGGGGGAGCCGUGGCUGGGAGGGAAAGGGAAGCCAACGGAGUGGACCUGUCGGGCAAGAUUGAAGCGAUGCAAGCAGAGUUGGACAAGGUGCUCCUGAUAUUAAGGAGGGAAGGCGUGUCUGGCGAGAGGGAUGCUGCCCUCGAGGACCCCGGACCCGGUGGUGGUGCAGCGCAGGGUGCCUUCAACGAUAGACCGACGAAGGGUUACGCCAGGGAGACCGCCACCGGUUCGGGGAAGCAGAAACAGAGCCAGGGAGAGGUGAAGGUGCUGAGAAGCUGCCACAAGCGGCGGGACCAGGUGAGACCGGAGAGGCGGGAGGGUCGAGGGGAGAGCGAGGAAAGGAUAUCGAUGGCGGCCCACUUCGGCUACCCCAGCUGUAUAUACCAGCCCUUCUUAUGA